CUCCACGCAGACCUUAGCGCCCGAGAUUUGACCGAAGAGGCCGUUCAAGACUUGCUCCGGUCUGUACGAAAAGUCAGCAGGUUCUGUACGUGAUCUCCCCUUUCUUGAGUCCUCGGAGCGGCUUGAUGGAAGAAUGUCGGUUCAAUCUGUGCCUGUGCGUGGGGGCCCCAGAGGACGGAAACCGCAUGCCAAGCUAUGCCGAGAGCGCGGGGGUGGCGACAUGCACUGGAGGAAGGAUGCCUGUUCUUCUCUGGACCUGAACGCCACCUCCGCGAAGUGCACCACCUCCAAUGGCGAUGCUCCCUCUUCGUUCCAGCCUCCGCUCUACACAGAGUCUGCGAGGCCACAACUGCACUUCUCGCCCACAUCUGGGUUUAUGAACGAUCCAAAUGGCCUCGUGUAUAGCAAUGGGACCUGGCACAUGUACUACCAGUACAACCCAAAUGCGACAGUGGCGGGUAACCAACACUGGGGCCAUGCCACUUCCAAGGACCUCUUCACCUGGCAGCAGCACCUCCCUGCCAUCGCACCUGAGAACGAGGGAGAAGGCAUUUUCUCGGGCUCCGCGGUGCUUGAUGUCAACAACACCUCCGGGUUCUUCGAUGACAACGUACCGGCCGACAGUAGAUUUGUCGCCAUAUACACCCUGAAUACGCCAGCCGAACAAAACCAGAAUAUUGCCUACUCAACCGAUGGUCAGCACUACACAAAGUAUUCCGGCAACCCCGUCAUCUCGCUCAACACGACGCAGUUCCGCGACCCGAAAGUCUUCUUCGAUGAUGCGACGCAACAGUGGGUCAUGACGGUGGCGCAUCCCCAGUCGUACGAGGUUGGCUUUUACGCUAGCAAGGACCUCAGAACAUGGAACGAGCUGAGCCGGUUUGGUCCCCAUGGUGUGCUGGGCUUCCAGUACGAAUGCCCUGACCUCGUGCAGGUUCCUGUCAAGGGAGGCGAACGCGACGGUCAAUUGGCAUGGGUCCUCGUUGUGUCUAUCAAUCCAGGCGCGCCUCUCGGAGGCAGCUUCGUCCAGUACUUUGUCGGCGACUGGAAUGGCACAGCCUUCCGGCCUGAUAAUGGAGCAGCACAGAUUGCCGACUUCGGCAAGGAUUGGUAUGCUGCGCAGACCUUCUACAAUGCACCUCAGGGUCGCACGGUGGGACUGGCCUGGGCAUCCAACUGGCAAUACACGAAUGUGGCCCCUACGUCGCCCUGGCGAUCGGUCCAGUCGCUGCCGCGGGACAUGACUCUCCGAUGGACCAACAUGAAUCCGUUGCAAAAGGGCUACGUCCUAGCGCUCGAGCCGUCUCCGGAAAUCCUCUCCCUGCCAUCAACGCCGCUGCUCAACACGACCAAGGCAGAGAACACCACAGUCGUCCUUCGCGGCGACGGCGCAUUCGACGUCCGCGCCACGGUCACCGCCAACGUGUCGUCGACGAAUUUUCCUUCGCUUGAGUUCGUCAUCAGCAGUAGCCACGGCUCCACCGCAGAGAAGGUCAAGAUUGGUGCACAGAUUGGUCAACCAACGAUGAUCUAUGUCGAUCGACGCACAGCCGGCCGGACUUGGGCCGACGAGAAUGUCUUCUUCACCGACCGACUCUCUGGUCAGCUGACGCCCUCGACACAGAACUCGAGCAGUGCCUUGACGACGUUUGACCUGAGACUCAUCAUCGAUCGGUCCAUCUCGGAGCUCUUUGUCGACGGGGGACUCGUCUCGAGCACUAUCCUCCACUUCUGGGACGACAAAGCCCAGCCCGCCCAGCUCGACGUUGGCACGCACGGCGGCGUCAAGCUCGACUUUAUUAGCGUCAGCCAUGUCCGUUCAACGUGGCCAGACUGCUCAUCUUAA